GCCGCGGCCGCAGAGAGGCGGCGACCGCUCCCGCCGGCGGAUCGGGAUCGCAGAGCCCGCGCCCGCUCCCGCCGCAGCCCCGCCGCUCCCGCCCGGCCAGAUGAUGAACUUUCUGCGGCGCAGGCUCUCGGACAGCAGCUUCAUCGCCAACCUGCCCAAUGGCUACAUGACCGAUCUGCAGCGGCCGGAGCCGCAGCAGCCGCCGCCGCCGCCUCCCGCGGGCUCCUCGGCCCCCGGCUCAGCCUCCCCGGCCGCGGAGCGCCGGCAGCCGCCGCAGCCCGCGCCCCCCCAGCAGCAGCCGCCGCCGCCGCAGCAGUCGGCGGGCAGCAGCUUCUUCAGCUCCCUCUCCAACGCCGUGAAGCAGACGGCGGCCUCGGCCGGGCUGGUGGACGCGACCUCCGCUGUCUCCGCGGCUGUCGGCAGAAAGUUCAAGCUGCUCCUGGUCAUCGACGAGCCGCACACGGACUGGGCCAAGGCUUUUCGUGGAAAAAAGGUCCAUGGAGAAUAUGACAUAAAGGUUGAACAGGCAGAAUUUUCAGAAAUCAACUUGAUAGCCCAUGCUGAUGGCAAUUAUGCAGUAGAUGUCCAAGUAAUUCGAAAUGGCACUAAAGUUGUCAGAUCAUUCAGGCCUGACUUUGUCCUUGUUCGACAACAUUCCUUCAGUAUGGCAGAAAAUGAGGAUUUCCGUAACCUGAUCAUCGGGCUGCAGUACGCUGGCAUCCCCAGUGUCAACUCCCUCGAGUCCAUCUACAACUUCUGUGACAAACCCUGGGUGUUUGCCCAGCUGGUGUCUGUCUACAAAACUUUGGGUCCUGAGAAGUUCCCUUUAAUCGAGCAAACGUUCUAUCCAAAUCACAAGGAAAUGCUAACAAUGCCAACCUUUCCUGUUGUUGUGAAGAUUGGACAUGCUCAUUCAGGCAUGGGAAAGAUCAAGGUAGACAACCACUACGAUUUUCAGGACAUAGCCAGCGUGGUAGCACUUACUCAGACCUACGCCACCACUGAGCCCUUCAUAGACUCCAAAUAUGACAUCAGGAUCCAAAAGAUAGGCAGUAACUACAAAGCAUACAUGAGAACUUCCAUAUCUGGAAACUGGAAGACAAACACGGGCUCUGCAAUGUUGGAACAAAUUGCUAUGUCAGAUAAGUACAAGCUUUGGGUUGACACCUGUUCUGAAAUAUUUGGUGGUUUGGACAUCUGUGCUGUUAAAGCUGUACAUGGAAAGGAUGGAAAAGAUUAUAUUUUUGAGGUCAUGGACUGUGCGAUGCCUCUGAUCGGGGAGCACCAGACCGAAGACAGGCAGCACAUAACUGAGCUGGUCGUAAGCAAAAUGAACCAAAUGUUGUCCAAAACUCCUAUUCCAUCUCCUCAGAGACCCACUGCCACUCAGCAGCCUCAGAGUGGAUCACUAAAGGAGCCAGAGCCAAACAAAAUCCCACCUCAGCGACCACCACCUCAAGGGGGCCCAGUGCAACCCCAAGGAAUGCAAUCCCAAAGCCAGGAGCCAUUGCAGCCCCAGCGCAUGUUCCCCCCUGGGCAGUCAGCAAAGCCCUCAACUUCCCAGCCACAGCGGCCACCCGGACCCACCACCCAGCAGCCACGGCCCCAGGCUCAAGGUCCUCCCAGCACCAGAUUAUCAAAGGAAGCAGAGCCACAGCCACAGCCACAGCCACAGCCAGCUCCACAGCCAGCUCCACAGCCUGCUCCACAGCAGAAGCCUCAAUCUCAUCCACAACUUAACAAGUCGCAGUCUUUGACAAAUGCCUUCAGCUUCACAGAAUCCUCCUUCUUCCGGUCAUCUGUGAAUGAAGACGAAGCAAAAGCUGAAACCAUCCGAAACUUGAGGAAAUCCUUUGCUAGUCUCUUUUCUGAUUAGCCAGCUUCAUCUAAAUGCACCCAACAUAUAGUCUGAAAACUCCGUGAAUGUUCCAUAGGUUUUGUUUUCCCUGUGCCAGUACCCUUCUCUACUGUGCUAACUGUUGUAUUAAGCAAUAUGUUAAACUUACAGAAAAAAAAUAAAUAGCAGGAGGACUUUGAUGAGAUCCCGUCCAUGAACAUGUAUAAACAUCUGUAAAGAAGGAAAGGUUCAGUUGCUACCACAGAAUGUUGAAGUCUAAGGUCCUUAUCCAUUGUAAUAUUGUGGCCUUACUGUGACUGAAGUAUAUAAUCCUAUUUGAGACUCCUUUGUAGAAUUGUGUUAAUAAAGCAUUGAGGAAUGGGUUUCUCCUUGCUUUACCCAUUCCCAAUGCAUUGCAAUGCAUGUGUAUUUUGUGUGUAAAUGUUUUGUACUGCAAAAGUAUAGUCUUGACUUGUUCUUGCCUCCCAGAUUUAGGAGGCAAUUCACACUGGCAUUGUCAAGCCACAUAAAUAAUGUGAGAAAUUGAAGCAGUUUCUUCCUCCUUAUACAAUCCUUCCAUCAGCUGGUUGUAGACUUCUGAUGUAUUGCUGAGAGUUAUCAGUACAAUAAAUGUCAUAAAUAGAGUGUAAAUGUACUACUGUAUCUCCAUAUGUCUAUUUAAAUUUAUUUCCAAACUGUAACCAUAACUGGGUUUAGUUGCAAAGAAUAUGCAUGAUGUUACCCUUAUUUUUGUGAACACCUUCUAAUAAAUGUAAAGUCCCAUGCCUGAUUUAAAAAAAAUGUCUUCUACAAAGCUUGUUUUAAUGUCAAUAUAUAUUGUCUAUUUUGAGUGAUAUCAAAAGAGUAGCUUUAUGAUUAUAAAAUAUUUGGACACAAACCACAGCUGUAAGAAAAUAAACUAUCACAAUUAAUUCCUUUGUUGAAUCAGCAUAAUAAAAAAUGUAUAAAUUCUG